CCCACCAACCCUCCCGACAGAAGAGGGAAGGGAGAAAAUAAAGGAUUGAGAUGCAAAAGGCUCUUUACUACGAGACCCAAGGGCUGUUCGGCGGCGCGUGUUCAUUUCAGGACUCUGAUGGGAUUAGAUACAUGUCCCAGGCACCAUGUCAUCCCACCCCACCACACACAACCCACCGGCCGGCUUGCUCCCUUCAACCAGAUACCAUCACGGGCACAGACUCCACUCCUCCCCCAGGCCGCAAAGCGGCCGAGAUCAGUACCAAUCUGAUGCGAAAGAGCGGUUGUCAGCUCCCGGAUCUAUCGGCGGGCAUCCAGCCGACUCCUCACACAUUAUCUUCUCGCCAAAGCGACUCCUGUUCACCGCGGAGCAGCAGCCCCGUAAACACUUUGCCUCUCGGCUCCAUGCCCGGGGGCUCUAGCCCUGUCGGCAACUCCAACAAAACCACAGCCCCUCCCAAGCAAAUAUUCCCUUGGAUGAGAGAAACCCGCCAAAACUGCAAGCAAAAACCUAACACACUCGCUUCAGGUGAAAGCGACCCUCAACCCAGUCCUCCGGGACAGCCUUCCAAAAGGGCCCGCACCGCCUACACUAGCGCGCAACUAGUAGAGCUGGAGAAAGAGUUUCAUUUCAACCGCUACCUCUGCCGCCCGCGCCGGAUCGAGAUGGCCAACCUGCUCAGCCUGUCCGAGAGGCAGAUCAAAAUCUGGUUCCAGAACCGGCGUAUGAAAUACAAGAAGGAUAAUAAGGUGAAAGGGGGAGGGAGUCCCGCCAGCGGACAUUCCCCGAGCCGGAGCCCGCCAUUGAACCCGAAUGCCUUCCCCAACCAGGUGCCACUGUCAAACGAUCUGGGUUAUGAGGCGCCAGUAUCUACGGCUUACAACAAAUCCCACGGUAACAUGUAUGGACUUGCUGCCUACACGGCGCCUUUGUACAACUGCCCGCCUACUCAGAAGCGUUAUGGGGUCGCGCCAGUGUCUUCAGACUAUGACCAAGUCUCCUUACAAGGCGAUGGAGGCUUUGGGAACCCUAACGUGCAAGGCAGCCCAGGUUACGUAGGAGGGAAUUUUGUGGACUCCAUGCCAAACCAUGGCCCGGUCUUCAGCCUUCCACACCCAUCCUCUGCCACCAUGGACUAUGGAAAUUGUGCCACCCAAAUAUCUGGCAAGGACCACCUUCAUGGACCAUGUGAACCACAUGCCUCUUACACUGACUUGAACUCACAUGCUGCACCUCAGGGUCCUAGCCACGAAGCUCCCAAACUCACCCAUCUAAUCUUAUGUCACAAUAUAGACAAAUACACGCAUACACAUGAUGCUGGCAAGCACAACGAGACACGUGGAAUCUGGCUAUGUUUUUCACCAGGGUUCAGAGACUUAAUUCUAUCAUUUUGCUCUUCUGUGGAGCAGGUCUUCUCUCACAGCCCAGACAAUUCUUUAUCAUUCACCUUCCAAAGUUUCUUUCCAAACUGUUAAAUCAUUUAUUGUAGUGCUUGAUUGCAUUUUGUUUCAAACCAUUGGCAAUGCAUUGAAUUGCUCCUGUACUAUUUUGCAUUGUGGUAAAAUAUAGUUUGCGGUUUGUGAAUUUGCUCCUCAUUUAGGAUGCUGUCUUAAUGUCAAAUUAGGAAUAUGUUGUCACCCAAAUUAAGGUUGCCCGAAAAUCAUAGAAUCUUCCAAGAACAGGAGGAGGCCAU